AUGAUUGAUAGUUACGAGAACCAAUCUAGUAGUCUUCGGUCACCUGAAGAGUCAAUAAGGUCUACAGUGAGCGAAGAUGUUGACUCGGACUUAAAUAAAGAUACGGAUACCUCAUCGGUCAAGAUAUCAAACAGAACAAAUAAGGCCCAUCAACGACGGAGUAUACAUGGAAAUGAUCCAAACGAAAUCAUAGGAGGGACAAAUGUUUUAUUUUCAAGUCCCACAAAUGAAUCACUGACGGGAAAUACUUCGACUUGUGAAUCAGACUUGAAUGAUAAUGAUUCCGAUAAAGAAGACUCGACUCCAAGCUAUAUAAUCAAUGAUUCCAACAACGAACGUACCAGUUGGUCGACAGAUGAACUAAAAAAAGAGCACAAGAACAAAUCGACACAUAAGAUUUUCACAUUUUCAUUGCCAUUUGGUGGGACGUCUAUGUUCCCAUCGUUGACACUACCAAGCAUAGUCAGCUCAAUAAUUCCUGGGGAUACAGAGGACGAUGAUUAUGGCCUUGAUAAACACAAGAUUAAAGAAAAAUUAAAACGAUCAGAUUCCAUUACUUCAGUUGAGGAGAUGGCGCUCUUCAGUGAUACAAAAGGAAUUGACAACGUGAGAGCAAGAGCUUUCAAAAAAACUUUCGAGCUGGAAUCACUGAAACACACUCUGAACAACAUAAGGUCCUCACCAGGGGAUAGCACUUAUGAUGGUUACGAGACUGAACGACUGGAAUCGAUAUGGAACGAAUUGGAAGGAGAUAUCCUGAUAAUGGGAGGAUAUAGAGGAAGUAUUUUAAGAGACACCGCUACCAAUAGAAGAGUUUGGAUACCAAUAAAAGCCGGUCUUAAUUUCAGGAAAGUUGAUUUAUUGAUAGGACCAACUGAUGAGGAUGAACGUGAAGCACAGAAAAAAAUACGACCAGAUAAAAUGCUAUCGCAUAUAGGGCCAGUUGACAUAUCAAAAAGGCUAAUUAAAAAGCUGAGGUCGAACCCUAACGUUAAUUUAAUAAACUACGGAUACGAUUGGCGGCUGUCGUUAGACAUCGCAGCAGAACAACUUCAACAAAAACUACAGGAAAGGUACGAUGCCCAAAAAGUUAAGAAAGGAACUUUCAUCAUUGCUCAUUCUAUGGGUGGUCUUAUCGCUCACAAAGUUUUGCAGGAUAACACAAACCUGAUUAGAGGUAUUAUUUACGUCGGAGCACCAAGCGAGUGUUCAAAUAUUCUGGGGCCUCUAAAGUUUGGUGACGAAGUAUUGAUGAACAAAACUAUACUAAGCAAAGAAGCUAAUUUUUUCAUGAGAUCAAGCUUUUAUUUCUUGCCUACAUCAGGCUCCUGCUUUGUGAAUAAGAAAACUUACAGAAAGUACAAAUUGGACUUUUUCGAUCCUAAAUUAUGGGUAAAGUUGGGAUUAUCGCCAGUUGUUGAUGAAGAUAGGAAAAAAUUAGAGGAACAAAAGGAAGAGGAGCAGCAUAACCAUCAGUCGCUCAAAGAGGAUGAGCAAAAGAUGGCGAAGACAGAAGACAAAGAGUAUGCUCCACAGCCCGGAAUAUCAACAGAAGUUAAGGAUUUAUUAGCUAUGAUAAACCCUAUUAGUAUGAUAAGAUCUUUAUCGGGCUCAAAUCCUUCAUCCUCGUCGAACAAUAAUAGCCGUCUCAAAAUGUUAGACCCCACGCCUUUAUUAUCCAAACUGUCUUUUACCACAAGUGAAGUAAUGGGCCUUAAGGAAGGAAAGCAAUGUCAAGAAGAGGAGCAGGACUUACAAUUCGUGACACCCUACGACCAGUGUAUCGACUAUUUAAAGAGAACUUUGAAAAGGGCAAAGCACUUUUUAGAGAGUUUAGAACACAUUCCAGGCAAGAACUACCCGCCAUUAGUAAUGGUAUACAGUAAAGCAGUGCCAACUGUUCGAGGUGUUAAGAUAAACGGCUUAGAAGAUAUUAAACUGGGAAAUUAUGACGAUUUCUACUACGGUCCAGGAGACGGAGUAGUUCAUCACAAAUGGCUGUUACCAGAAAGAAAGGGAUUCCCUGUAGCAGCGAAAAUUAAUUCCAAUUGUGGCCAUGUUAGUUUGCUUUCUGAUCUAGAUUCCAUGGCUAAGGCAUUCAUUUCAAUAACAGACGCAAGAAAAAAACUCAAUACAACAUCAUCAUGUAAAUAG